UAAUCAUUGAGUUGGUGCAGAGGUUGAUCGCCGCUCAGAGGAUGUGCAGCAACAACGUUUAUUGGACAGUUUUUUAACUAUUAUUUCAGUCUGUUUUUUUCAUUCUUAGCGCACUGAUAGCUGCACACUUGAGACAAAAAUCCAUUUUGUGUUCUGCCUGUUUAAAGAUGUUAGCUGUUCAUCUAGUUUCAUUUUUCUUCUCCAAACUUCAGGAGGAUCCUACUAAGAAGGUGGACAGGUUCCUGCAUGCGAUGCGUCUCCAUGACGAUCGGUUAAGUGACAUCUCAAAACGUUUUCUGGCUGAAAUGAAGAAAGGCCUUUCAGCAGAAAGUACUGCAGCUGCAGCAGUGAAAAUGCUACCGACACAAGUUCGCUCCACUCCUGAUGGAUCAGAGAAAGGAGAGUUUCUGGCUCUAGAUCUUGGAGGCUCCAACUUUAAGGUUCUUAGAGUUAAAGUCAGAGAGGAUGUAGGAAUAAAAAAGGGAGGAGUAGAGAUGGAGGAGAAGACUUAUCCGAUACCAAAUGAGCUGCAUGCCGGGAAAGCUGCUGAGUUAUUCGACCAUGUCUCAGAAUCUCUGAAGGAUUUUCUGCAUGAAAAGAAUAUCAGUCCAUCAAAUAAACAUCUGUUAGCCUUUACCUUCUCUUUCCCCUGUGAGCACCCUAGUUUGGAUCAGGGAUUAUCCGUCAGCUGGGGAAAGAAUUACAGAGUUCGGGGCCUUCAGGGGAAAGAUGUGGUCCAGGCGCUUAAAGAGGCUAUUGGCAGAACUGGGGAUAUGGACGUAGAGGUCCUGGCGAUGGUUAAUGACACCGUGGCGACCAUGAUGACCUGUGGAUUUGAUGACCAGUGUUGUGAAGUAGGACUCAUCAUUGGAACUGGUACCAAUGUCUGCUACAUGGAAGAGCUGCGUCACAUCGACCUGGUGGAAGGAGAUGAGGGCCGGAUGUGUGUGAACACUGAGUGGGGGGGGUUUGGAGAUGAUGGGGCUUUGGAUGAUUUCAUUACAGAGUUUGACAGAGAUGUUGAUGCAGCCUCCCUCAACCCUGGACAACAAACAUUUGAGAAGAUGGUCAGUGGGAUGUAUUUGGGAGAGCUGGUGAGGCUGGUUGUUUUAAAGAUGGCUAAACUGGGACUGCUGUUUGAUGGGCGUGUGUCCGAUGCCCUGAGGACCAAAGGGAAUAUAACCACUGCAGAUGUAGCAGCGAUGGAGGAGAACAGAAAUGGUCUGAAAAACACCAAGGACAUUUUGACUCGCCUUCAUUUGAGUCCUUCACCUGACGACUGCAUCGCUGUUCAGCACGUCAGCACCAUCGUCUCCUUCAGGUCCUCCAAUCUGGUGGCUGCCGGGCUGGCAGCCAUCUUAACUCGGAUCAGGCAGAACCGGAAUUUGAGAGGAUUGAAAAUCACAGUAGGCGUUGAUGGUACUCUAUACAAAACGCACCCACAGUAUCCUAAACGCCUUCAUAAAGUUGUGCGGCGGCUGCUUCCCGAUUGUCAGGUCAGGUUUGCUCUCUCAGAGAGUGGUAGCAGCAAAGGUGCCGCCCUGGUGGCAGCAGUAGCUCAGCGUCUGACAUCACAGAGAAGAAGGGUGGAUGAGGCGCUGUCUCUCUUCAGACUAAACCAGCAGCAGCUGCAGCUGGUAAAAUCUAGGAUGAGAGAAGGGCUGGAGGCUGGGCUCAGGGGUAAAGGCUGCACAGUAAAAAUGCUUCCCUCCUUUGUAUACCACACACCAGACGGCACAGAAAAUGGAAAUUACCUUGCUUUGGAUCUUGGAGGGACAAACUUCAGAGCUAUGCUUGUGAGAUUCAAAAGACAUAAAUCCCAACUUUACCAUAAGAUUUAUACCAUUCCGCUGGAGAUAAUGCAAGGAACUGGAGAAGAGUUGUUUGACCACUUGGCUCAGUGUGUCUGUGACUUCCUGGACUACAUGGGGCUGAAGAAGGCAUGUCUGCCUGCUGGCUUCACCUUCUCUUUCCCUUGUGAGCAGUCUGGUAUUAAUAAAGGCACCCUGGUAAGCUGGACUAAAGGCUUCAAGGCCACAGACUGCGUAGGACAGGAUGUUGUUUUCAUGCUCAGAGAUGCCAUCAAGAGACGAAACGAGUUUGACCUGGACAUUGUUGCAUUAGUAAAUGACACGGUUGGGACUAUGAUGAGCUGCGCCUAUGAGGAUCCUCAGUGUGAAAUUGGAAUGAUUGCAGGAACAGGAUCAAACCUCUGCUACAUGGAGGAAGUGAAGAACAUUGAAAAGCUGAAACAGGGCCAUGGCACCGCAAAGAAAGACAAAGAGCAGGAAGAGAACCAUGCGAUGAAGCCAGAGAAGUCAAAUGUGGAGGCUGACGAAUCCAAAAUGUGCAUAAACACAGAGUGGGGCGGUCUGGGUGACGACCACUGUCUGGAUGACAUCAUCAAUCCUUAUGACGCAGAGGUGGAUAUACACUCAGUAAACCCGGGAAAGCAAAGGUUUGAAAAGAUGACCGGUGGGAUGUACCUGGGUGAAAUUGUCAGACAGGUUUUACUGGAUCUCACCAGACGAGGACUACUGUUCAAAGGACAUGUCACCGAACCAUUAAAAACCCCUGGGAUAUUUGAAACAAAAUAUCUUUCACAAAUAGAGAGUGAUCGCUUGGCUCUGCUGCAGGUCAGAUCUAUACUGCAGCGGCUGGGGCUGCGUGGCACAAGUGGCGACAGCAUUAUUGUCAAAGAGGUGUGUGGAGCGGUGUCACGCCGUGCAGCUCAGCUGUGUGGUGCAGGAAUGGCAGCAGUGGUGGAUAAGAUCAGAGAAGACCGCAGACUGGAGCGUCUGAGCAUCACUGUGGGGGUAGACGGUGCUCUGUACAAACUGCAUCCACAUUUCUCUCAGGUCGUGAAAGAAACAGUAAGAGUUAUGGCUCCUCAGUGCGAUGUGACGUUCCUGCCGUCAGAGGAAGGCAGUGGGAAAGGUGCUGCCCUCAUUGCAGCUGUGGUCCAAAGUAUAAACAACAUAUAAACACUUAGAAAAUGUAAGGCUGUCAUUUACUUUGAAUCAACACAGAAUAUGGAAGACCUGCAAGUGGAAAAUAACUUCCUAUGAUAAAUCAUUUUUAAAAGAUCUAGCUGUGUUAGAGUGUUUUUACAUUUAACUGCAACUGUAACUUUGAGGAUAUUAUGGGGCCUUAUUUUCAUAUAGCAGUUUCUAUUCUGAUCAGCUUGUCCAGGUCAAGGCUAGAUUAAUAUUUGCUCUUUCUGGAACUAUUGGAAGGUCAUGUGUUGCUGUUCAGAUUCUAACUGGUCUUGUUUCCUCCCCAAAAAGUUGAUCUUUUUAUGGUUUAAACAAGAGGUCUUUGCAAUAAACACACGCAGAGCUUCCUAAAUUUACAUAUUUUUUUUUUUUUUUUACCUUUUUUCCCCAUUACAGCCACAAUAAGCAAAAUGUGACCAAAAUGUGAUCAGUGUAUUAAAAUCAAAUAGAAAGACAAUUGCACAUUGUUGUUUUUUUUAUUUAUUUUCAUUUCACAAGGGAAAAUUAUUAUUUUAGCCCAUCUAUAAGCCUGUUGUAUGUCUCUACAGGCUUUGCAGAAAAACUGAAUUAUUGGAGAGUAUGUAACAUCUGUUUUCAAAUUUACCAAAUAUGUUAGAAUGGGUUUAGAGGUGGACUUUGUUUAGGCCCUUGUAAUAAUAAUAAUAAUUGAACUUUAUAGGAAAAAUUUACUGCUGCAUUUCACCCAUCCCCUUGGGGAGCAGUGGGCUGCCAUCGUGUGGCGCCCAGGGAGCAAUCAGUGGUUAAGGGUCUUUGUUCAGAGAUCUAGAGUGGAAGUCUGUGGGAGUGGGGCUUGAAUUCAGAACCUCAGGAUUCCAAGCUCUAUGCCCUAAGCGCUAGACUGCCACUCCUCCAACCAUGCUCUUUACUCUCCCAUUUCAGGACUGGCUGGUGUGCUACGUUCAGGGUUGUUGUCUUGCUUGAAGGUGAAACUGAGCUCCAGUCUGAAGUCUUUUGCAGCCUCUAGCACAGGGGUGUUAAAAUCCAGUCCUAGGGUGUCCUGACUUUUGCACACAUGUCUCUGCUUCAUCACACUUUGAUUAAAUAAUUAGAUCCUUUGCAUAACUCUAGAAUUUGAUUUCAACUGAGGAGGUAAUAAAGCCAUUUGAUUUCAGGUGUGGGACAAGGGAGAUAUCCAAAAUCUCCAGGUUAGAGGUCCCCAAAUACUAGAGUUUGACAUUCAGAUAAUUCUUCACCUUGUAGCUCCAUCCAUUUUUUCAUUUACUUUGCCCAGUUCCCCUGCCUCUGCUUAAUAAAUGCAUCCCUAUACUAUGAUCCCUUUACCACCAUGUUUUACCAAAUGGCUUAGGUCUUAAAUGUGACUUUUAGGGUACGUUUUUUUUACACUAUAAAGGGAUUUCCAUGUAGUCCAAAAGGUUAUAUUUGGGGU